AACAAAACAACAUUCAAUUGGAUUUACUGUACGAUUGUUCGGCAAGUGUUUGACAUUUACUGCAAUCAUAUGUUUUUGUGUCUGCAUUUUAGUUCAAUCUAAUGAUCCUGGGUCACAUCUACAUUUAGUAUCAUUAUGAAUGAGAUGACGGAUCAGUUGGAAGUGAUUGGCCACCAGAAGGUGGUGUCGAUUGAAGAUCUGCCAGAAGUGGUGUUUGAGUACAUAUUGUCUCAAUUGUCUCCUUACAGACAACUCAUUGAUUGCAAAUUAGUGUCCAAAUCGUGGCGUUUAUGUGUAAUCGAAACCAUCAAGAAAUUGAAACGAGAUUUUGUGCACAAUCUGAGCAAUCAAUUGAUCCAAUGGUCGCACUUCAGUCCCCAGAGCGGGCCCUCUAUAUCCCCGCGUUAUUCUCACAGCGCGUGCUGUUUGGGUGACUCGAUGUAUGUCUUCGGCGGCUGUACGAUAGCCAACACCACAUUCAACGACUUGUGGCGCUUUGAUCUGUCGACCAGGACGUGGAUCAGACCCAUAGCCACCGGCACUUUCCCGUCACCGAAGGCAUGCGCUUCACUCGUCGAUUACAACAACCAUUUGGUUCUCUUCGGCGGUUGGACUCAUUCCUCUCCGUAUCCCAUACACCAGGAGUGGAGGAUUUUCAAUCACAUCCACCUCUUUGACACCAUAACUGACAGAUGGAGUCUAGUUGUUCCCAAUUCUUACUGCCCGGCAAUUGCUGGUCAUUCAGCGAGUAUUGUUGGGCACCAUAUGAUAGUGUUUGGAGGCCUUCAGAGUGCGGCCAAUAAUCCGCUGCCGUUCUUCAGUUCCAAUGAUAUAUGGGUUUUGGAUUUACAAGACUUUGUUUGGCACAAACAGUCGGCGUCUAAUCCCAAACCAUUUGCCAGAUAUGGACACUCGCAGGUCGUCAUCGAUGACAGACAUAUACUGAUAAUCGGUGGUUCCGGUGGACCUAAUAUGCUAUUCAGCGAUAUUUGGAUGCUUUGCAUUCCAGAAGAUAAGUCAUUGGAAUGGGUUUGGAAACCAAUUGAAGUGAUGAACAAAGACUCGACGACUGCACCACAAAUCAGUUUCCAUCCGACGUGUAAAGUCUCAAACCUAUUGGUGGUGUUGAGCGCCAGUCAAAAGGCGCGAUCCCUUCAAUGCAAAGACGGAAACAUUUUAAGAAAGCCUUCGGUUCGCAGUCAAUACGUGAGCCCUAAAGACACUAAUGACAAGAACGCGAUGGCUGUCAAUACCGAGUCUCAGGCGAGCAAUGAAGUGCCGAUCGCAUCCACAUCUGGCUGUUCUUCGCCCCAAACGAGUGGUGCCAUAAAUAUGCGUCCUCUGAGUCGUCGCAACCGUCAGAGACAACUGGAAGGACUCGACCGAAUGGAACAACGCAUACGACAACUCAAAACUAAUACCUUCUCUCCUCUUGCGGUCAGGAGUUCUACCGUUAAGUCGGACAUAGAGGCGCCUCAGAAUCCGAUGCAGUUGUUUGUACUCGACUUAAGUCAAGUGAUUGACAGGAAUGUCGUCAAAUGGAUCCACAAAAGCAAUUUCAUAAGCGAUGGUCCGGAAGAAGUGAUUCUAUACAGUCUGGUGGCCGGGAGGGCAGAGAUCAUUAUGUUUGGCGGCCUUCAGAAGGAUAAGAAUAUGAAACAAAACCAAACAGAGGGUGGAGUCAACGAUAUUCCAGAUAUCGUGUCAAAUCAUUUGCAUAUAAUAACUGCCAAAAAAUGUAUCAUUUAAAUGAGAUGUUUGUCGAUCUCUAUAGUACUGUAUGUCUCGUCUAUAAGUUCUCCAAAUAUGAGCAAC